AUGGUUUGCACUCGAAGUUCAGCAUCAAGAAAACAAACGAGGGCCCUGUUGACCGACCUGCCGGCUGAGCUGCUCAAGAAUAUCAUUGACCACUUCAUCUCCAGCGAGCAGCACUAUGAUUGGUACGAUGAGCGACUGCAAGAUAUUCGUUUCAAGGCAAAAUACAACUUGCAAUUCAAGAAGGACUAUACCUCUAUCUUCAGCGAGCUUAAACUCUCCUGGCCAGAGGGUCUGCCAUCCAAUCCGUUACUACCGCUUUGCUUGGUCAACCGCACCUUCGGAAAAUACGCCCAGCAGGCCCUCUUCACCCAUGUCACCUUGGUGGAUCAAGGGCAGGCCUGUCUAUUCUAUCAGGCACUCACUAGCCCAUCCCUCAGUCAGGACUCAUCGGAACUGCGGCUCGACGAGCACAGAAGGAGAAGCGAAGAAAACCAGGCGGCGAGGAACGCUCCAGCAUCUCCGAUCGACGACCAAUAUCCGCCGGCCAGCCUUGCUCAUUUGGUUCGCUCGCUAGAGUUCAAGUUCAUCGGCCCCUGCUCGAUGGGAAGGGGCGGUGGCUCUCUGAUGUGUGAGAUCCUCCGAGCUUGCCCGUUCGUCGAAAACAUCACCAUCGCCACCUCGUUCUUGACCCGCUGCCAAGAGCCUAUCCUCGACGCCCUUGCAAGCCGGCCGCUCAUCAAGAGCUUCGUCCUUAUUGAGAAUCCCAACAAAUGCAAUUUGGUGUUCACAUGGCCAGCCGACCAAGUCAUGGCGCGGGUAUUCACCCAAUGGGACUUGCUCGAGACGGUCGAGUUGAUCAGGUUCCACAAUCUGUCCUUGUCCUUCGAACCAGCUGACAGCUUGCUGCCCGCACUGAACUGUGGGAUGAACGGGCGUGACCUCCGCAUGAUCCUGAACGGCUCUCGUGCCAGCCUGCGCAAGCUCCAGCUGUGCAAUCCGGACGUUUGGCUUCAUCGGCCUGGCCUAUACCGAAUCCUCACGGAAUGCAUCAGCCCGGCCUUAGAGUCCUUGACGCUCGAAGUGGACGAUCAAUGGGGAAAGGCGGUUUACCACGAGGAAGAUGCCCGCCCCGAAUUGGACCCGGGCCUGCUGGACCACAUCUUCAAGACUUCAUCGACCCUGAGCAAUCUCAAAAAGCUCUCGUUUGCGGGCAACUUGGUCGGCAAGGAGUUCUUCAACUUCCUGCCCCAAUCAAUCGUCCAGCUUACCUGGGACCGGUGUGAGAUCUCCUUCGAGGCUUUUGCUCAGGCACUCACAAGCCACAUUGUCCCCUCUCAACUUGAUGCACCCUCUGACGCCGAGACAAGACUUGCCCGAUGGCUACCCGAGCUCAAGUGUUGCUCGAUCUACAAUCUCCCUUAUCCUAGGGGAUCGGCGGAGGACAUGAUCAAGGCCGAGUUAAGAGCCCGACAUGUCUACGAGAUUCAUGAUAGACCGUACUACGGCUCAGACUCCGACCGAGUAUAUUCCCCGUAUCAAAGAUGA